AUGGCGGGGCGGCGGCGGCGAGCCCUGCUGCUGCUGCUGCUGCGCUGCCUCCUGCUGGGGCUGCUGCGCGGCGGCGCCGGCCAGCCCGGCGGCGGAGGCACCGGCGAGUACUGCCACGGCUGGGUGGACGGGCAGGGCGGCUACCACGAGGGCUUCCAGUGCCCCGAGGGCUUCGAUACGGCGGCCGCCACCAUCUGCUGCGGCUCCUGCGCCCUGCGCUAUUGCUGCGCCGCCGCCGAGGCCCGCCUGGAGCAGGGCGGCUGCACCAACGACCGGCAGCCCCCGGACCCGGGGGUCACCGCCCAGCCAAUCUACGUCCCGUUCCUCAUUGUGGGAUCAAUAUUUAUUGCCUUCAUUAUCGUGGGCUCUCUGGUAGCCGUCUACUGUUGCACAUGCUUAAGACCUAAACAACCAUCACAGCCAAUACGAUUUUCUCUGAGGAGCUACCAGACGGAGACUCUCCCCAUGAUCCUGGCCUCUUCAAGCUUCAGGACACCGUCGCGGCAGUCCAGCACUGCCACAAGUUCCAGUUCGACCGGCGGCUCGGUUCGCAGGUUCUCCUUCCCCCGCGCAGAGCCAGGGUGCCUGGUGGCAUCGCCGCCUCCGCCCUACACGUCUGGAUGCUUCCAGGCAGCCCAUGCGGUCCAGCUGCCCCAGCCUUCGGGAUUCCUGGUGUCACCGCCGUACUUUGGGUACCCUCUCCAGCCGGAGCCCGCCCUAGCUGGGAAGAGCUGCUCUGAUUUCAGUCAGAGCUGAAAGGAGUUGUGGCGAGCUACCGCGGGGACUGCCGCUGCUGGGUGUCACGCUGACAUGCUCUGGGGUUGCAGAGGUCAGAACCGUUCCCGUGGGUGAGUUGCCCUUGCAGAGUUCAAGGGCUCCUUUGGGAUCUCAUUUCCCAAACUUGAGUCACACUUGCAACCCUAUUGUAAAGUAUUCCAAGCAGCUGCUCAAACCCCUGACUGCUCUGACCGUCCAGUCCAGUUUGUGCAGAACUUGUUCAAAGGCAAGUAGAGAAACCGUUUUGGGAUGCAGGUCCUCAUUUCACGGGGUUACAAAUUACAUUUUAACCCCUAAAAGCUGUUAACUUAGUUAACAAACAGUGUCUGUGUCCCACCAGUAACAGUCAGACUUAGUUUUAUAAAGCUGCAGGAAGCCUGAGAUGUAAGAGAGGAGUAACACUUGCUAAAAGAGCAUCCUGAACGCAGCUGACUGCUUCCCACUUCCACCAGCAGUGAAAAUAAGUGGAAGAGGUUUACUACAGACAUCAAAAUGAUUAGGUUUUCUUUUUAAAACACACAUACCUGAACUUAACACUGCAUAUUUGUAGGAGAGAAGCUAUCUAAAACUAGUACUAACUAGGCUAGCUGAAAAUCAACCAGUCCCAAGCAGCCAGAUCAUUAUCUAUGAGAAAGGCAGGAUGUACUCAGCAAUAUCACUAAUAACUCCUCUGCUAGCUAAAACUAGUACUAACUAGGCUAGUUGAGAAUCAGCCAGUCCCAAGCAGCCAGAUCAUUAUCUAUGAGAAAGGCAGGAUGUACUCAGCAAUAUCACUAAUAACUCCUCUGCUAGCUAAAACUAGUACUAACUAGGCUAGUUGAAAAUCAACCAGUCCCAAGCAGCCAGAUCAUUAUCUGUGAGAAAGGCAGGAUGUACUCAGCAGUAUCACUAAUAACUCCUCUGCUAGCUAAAACUAGUACUAACUAGGCUAGCUGAAAAUCAGCCAGUCCCAAGCAGCCAGAUCAUUAUCUAUGAGAAAGGCAGGAUGUACUCAGCAGUAUCACUAAUAACUCCUCUGCUAGCUAAAACUAGUACUAACUAGGCUAGCUGAAAAUCAACCAGUCCCAAGCAGCCAGAUCAUUAUCUAUGAGAAAGGCAGGAUGUACUCAGCAAUAUCACUAAUAACUCCUCUGCUAGCUAAAACUAGUACUAACUAGGCUAGUUGAGAAUCAGCCAGUCCCAAGCAGCCAGAUCAUUAUCUAUGAGAAAGGCAGGAUGUACUCAGCAAUAUCACUAAUAACUCCUCUGCUAGCUAAAACUAGUACUAACUAGGCUAGUUGAAAAUCAACCAGUCCCAAGCAGCCAGAUCAUUAUCUGUGAGAAAGGCAGGAUGUACUCAGCAGUAUCACUAAUAACUCCUCUGCAUAGCACUCUAAAACUGGCUUUAUGUGAAAGCAUUUUCCAGAAGGAAGUAUUUAUUGGUGGCUUUUUUUCGCUCAGCAACGUCUGUAAGUUGGACAAACUGAUCAGAUAAAAGAAAGGGAAAAGUUCUAUUUGUAAAGUUUAGCCAUGUAAAAACAAAUGUAAAGGCAAGCUUGUAAUUUAAAACCUAUUUACAGCGUUGACAACACUAAUUAUUUUCUAGUCUCUCUUUUACACACACACACACCAUUUAUCCAAUAAACUG